CGAGGAAACGUGUCACGUCGCACCGGCGUUAUGCCGGUAGUUCCACGAGCUACGCUCGUCUCGCGACGGCAGGCCGGUGUGUCUGACAGUGUCACCGUCGCUCGACGACGCUGGCGGGCACUCGCGAGAGAAUAGGAUCGCGUGUGAUCCGCGAUACGUUCGAAUAUUCGUCAGCGAUAACUCGACAGGCCGGUACUCGUAUACUCGCGGUGCGGCGAGGCAUUAUUUUUACCGUAGAAGCACGAGAUCAGUACAGUCGUUCGCUAUACCAUGCCUAUCCUGUUAUUAUGUCAGUGAAAUCAUCUACAUCUUACGCUCAAGAAGAUUUGGACCUGAUCAAUUCGGAAAUACUAAAUCUGGAGCAUUCUGCCUCGCCGUUGUUAUCUGAAGCGAGAACACCUAAAUCUGACAGUUGCGGCGAGACGUGUUACUCUAGACCUGAAUCGUCGGCGGAUUCCUUAAAUCUCCCUGACAGCUCGGAGAUAACGGAUAAUGAAUACAAAGUGAUAAAUCCGAAAGAAGAGAGGAAGAUAUCCGCGAAGGACAAACCGCCCGAAAAUUCGGAUAAUAAGGUGAACACAGUGGCGAUGCAACUUGGUAUCGUCGAACCGGAGACAGCCAUGAAGACCGGCGCCAAGGAUCUGAUGGCAAAGGAGGAACUGAAGUUGUCCGGCAACAAGGAAUUCGACAAAUCGGAAGAGUUGAAACCCAAGAUUUUGAAUCGCGGCGGUUUGAAAUUUUUUCCCGGUGCCAAAUUGGAAGCGAAAGAUUUUAAUGAAAAGUGGUAUUCUGCAAAAGUGGUCGAGACAGAUUGGGACGAGAGGGAAGUUUUGAUACACUUCGACAAGUGGAGUUCGAGAUUUGACGAAUGGAUACCGAUGGACAGCUCCAGGCUGCGUGUGUUGCAAAUCCCGCAGAACGAACAAGCUUGGAUCCCGCUCUCUCCGGAGGCGAGGAUGCGGGAGUUCUCGGUGGGCGAGCGGAUACUCGCUACGUGGGCGGACGGCAAAAAGUAUCCAGCCAAAGUGAGCGCGGUCUUGUCUAAUGACAGGUACAACGUGCUGUUCGACGAUGGAUACGCGAAGAUCGUCAAGUCGUCGAAAAUGACCAAGAUCGCCGGAAAUGCGACCAAGCAAUUGACCGAACUGGAUGGAUACAUCGGCAGCAAACAGGAGAGGAGGGAUAAGAAACGGAAGCAUACGAUCAUGGAGUUGUUUAACACCCACUCGAGGAGACGCACGAAGCACGAUGCCGACAAGACGCCAAAGAAGGAGGAGACGGUCGUCAAGGAGAACGGAGGGGGCUCACCGGAGAGCAAGGUCGAGACGGACGGUACUCAGUACGGCCCCUGUUACGAUCCAGGGACAGAUUUGUUGAAAGGUUUCGAAACCACCAAUACCCCAAAAGUCAAGUCGUAUUCGAAGAAGAGCAAGAAGGAAGCGCCCAAGAUCGAUACGGAUCACGAGGAUAACGUCGGUCCCGAGUGGAUUGAUGGGGAACCGCAAGGAACGGAAUCUUACAUUGUGGAUGGCAACGACGGACCACGGCGAUCUAUAAUAGUACCAGACAAGAGAUUGCCUCUCGGCUGGGAAAAGCACUUCACGCAAAGGAAAGCUGGCACAUCCGCUGGGAAAUGGGACGUCCUGUUCAUUCAUAAACAAACCGGGAAGAAGUUCAGAUCGAGAAAUGACAUCAGGACGUUCAUGGAGAAUCAGGGGCAGUACGAUUUCGAUCCUGAGAAAUUCGACUUCUGUAUACAUCGCAGGAAGCGGAGCCAUGCGAGUCGCGCGAAGCAUGACUCUACACCGGAGGUUACACCAAAGAAGAUCAAAACCUUGUUGCCUAAAACGAAAACGACCACACCUGAGAAUGCAUUACUCACGACGAUACCGAACAAUAGCAUCUCACACUAUGACAACACUAUGCCUAUCAUCUCGACGCCCAUUACAGCUACUACGGACGGUGAGAUGAUCUAUUCCGUCUUCAUUGGACUUCGUGGUGGACUUCGCGUGGAAAUGGAGGACAGCGCUUACAAAUGUCCCAAGGAAGGCUGCAAUAAAAAUUUUCGAAAGGAAAACCUGCUGCAGAUGCAUAUCAAGCAUUAUCAUCCCGAGUAUUCCAAGUUUCUGGGCUCCACCCCGAAAGUUGAAGAUUUGGCUUACGCAAGAACGAUCGGGGAAUCCAUAGAAGAUAUAAUCCCGAAAAAAUCAACCACGUUCUUGGAGAAAAUAAACAAAUCGGCGAAGAAAAAGUCUCUUCCUGACAAAUCACCAUCUACUUUGCAAUCAACGUUGAGCACCAUGCCACCGACAUCUCCGUCAGUACCUGGUCCGGCGAUGCCGGAAGAAGAGAAAAUGGAUCAGUCGGAAAAGUGUAACGAUUCGCAGAAGGAGGACAUGAAAAUUGAAACGAUGUCACCGAUAUCUAAUCACAGCAUGGAGAUAGACGACGAUGCUGAAAAGAAGAGGGAGAAUGUCUGCGCGUUGUCCCCCGGUACACUAUUCGACAUGAAGGUGAAAGAGGAAAAAGCUCAAGGCGGCAUCAAAACUCUGUUGCCUGUGAGACCAAUCGCGACGUCGGAGGUACAGAGAGUCGAUAGGGCGAAACCUCCGGACGAUGUGGAGCGCGGAAAAAGUCAGAAAAGACGACAAGUUACCGAGCAUAACGUGGACUUGCCGGCUAAAGCGAAGAAACGACACGGUAUGUCAGAUCCUACCGAUAGUUUCGGUGAUCUAGACGACAGUGCUAUGGACGUCGAAGGACCUACGGCACUUAUGUAUAGAUAUAGCCGUAGAAAAUCCGACUCCAAGAGCGACGAAAAUAGCCAGAAUAGUCAACUAAAUGAUUCACGCAUUGAAAAAGCUGAUCCCCUAAAAGGGGAUACAAUCAAAACUGAUAUUAAUAAUGAUGCAGAAGAGAGUGAAGGCGUGAUGAUGAUGAUCAACGGCGAACUGGUGAAAGUAGAACAGCUACGGAGGGAAGAAAUAAUAAAUUGCACAUGUGGCUAUAUGGAAGAGGACGGUUUGAUGAUACAGUGCGACCUAUGUCUCUGCUGGCAGCACGGCCAUUGCAACUUCAUCGAGAAGGAAAAGGAUGUUCCUGAAAAAUACAUUUGCUACAUAUGCCGAAAUCCAUAUCGACUACGGCCGUCUAAAAAAUACUUUCACGAUCAGGAUUGGAUUAAGGAAGGAAAGUUGCAAAGCUUGCCUAAUCGAACGCGAAAUCAGAAUAUGAUAAAUCAAAGGACUGCGAUGUUGAAGCGUUCUUAUGACUUGGUUACUGCGCUAUUACAAAUACAACAACUUCUUCACAGUCUACGUGUAAAAAUCAACGUGGCACAGAAGAAAGAUCAUCCGAAACUGUAUCUUUGGGCCAAGAAUUGGGAGAAAAUGGAUAUUCCUAAGAUAGACAUGGAACCCGUGCCAGUAAUGGAAAUAACUAAGGCGGCAAGUUUUACCGAUGCUGAUUCGGAGAUUCCGCGACGUGUCGAGACGAAGGCGGACGUGAAGUUGUCCCUGAAGGACGAUCAAGAUGAGAAGUCGAUCGCUUCCGAUUCAGAAUUGAUGAAAAUUUUGGAAGAGGACAGCACACAUUCUGAUGAAUCUAAGAUCAACAGUAAGAAGGAGGGCUUGAUGAACUCGAAGGACAGUCACAUACUUUUGGAUGCGUUAACGAGCAAUUCAGACGUAAAAGAGAAAACCAUUGCUGCGUCAGACAUUAAAACGGAGAGUGCAGAUUUGUUAGCUGAGAAAACCAUUAUUGACGAUCCCGUACCUGAGAAUCUCAAUUCUGGAUCGCUCAUUGUCCAACAAGAAUCGAGUAUAUCCAACGUCGAAAACGAAGUCUCCGCGCUUCCGCAGCCUUUUAUACCAGAGCCCGAGGCGCCGAUCGACCCAGCCGAAUGCCGAAUGCGAUUGUUGGAGCACAUUGAGCAUUUCCAAUGUCACAUUGACUCGAGAUUGACGUCCAUAGAAGCGCAAAUUUUUGCUCUAGAGGCUAUGGACCCGGAUGAACUCGUAUCGGAUCCACAUGUACAACCCCGUACUAAGCAGACUGUCCAGAUGCUCCUUCGUGACCUAAGCACAGUCCGGAAAUUGGCAGCGUUGUGUUGUUGAAGACGUGGCAUAAUAACAAAAUACAGUGUAUUUACAUGUGUAGAUAAAUAGAUAGUACACAUUUACAUGUGCAGAUAUAGAUAAUAGGCAUAAGUGAUAUAUACGUAUCUCAUCGAUUUGUAUCACCGAUGUAAGUAAUUGUUUUUUCAUAUUAAGAAAAUUCAGUUAAUUGCGAUGGCUGUUAAAUCUUGAUUUCACGUUUAGAAGUUACCUUAGAAAAAUGUAACAAUAUAAAAAAAAGUAAAAGAUAUUUUUAAAA